CAGGCACGUGGGCUCACUCAGCACUUGCCGAAACGAUAUAUGUCGGCAGAGUGUGCGGACUACCCUUGUAUCCUGAAGCAGGCACAUGGAGAGUUCGGAAAGGACUGUUAUCGUUGUGAUGUUUGCCUGAACUUUGGCACCAUACACCCGGACUUGCUUACAGUUGCUUUGCCAUUACUUGUUUUGUUAGUCCCUUUGUUGCCCGAGGAGUGCAAUAUUGUCCACAGCCCUGAGGAUGUUUGCAAGGCCAUUCCAGCAAAGGCGUUGAGGCUGUUGGUCUGGCUCAAAGGCUGGUGUCUCCAAAGAGCUCAGACGGGUAAAGGACAUCAAAUCACACACCUCGUUUUGAGCCAAACCCAUUCAAAUUAGGCCACCAGCUAGCAUCUUCAGGCUGUGAACGCAAUCUGGUGUUGUAAUUCUGAUGUUUUUUGUCGUGCUUUGUGUUGGCCUGAGCCUUGAAGAUCCAGAGGUGACACCGCAGGGACUGGGGACACGCUGGGUACUGCAGGAACUUGUACAUGGGCGCUUUGAGGUCUCGACUACCGUCCUGGCAGACUUUGGGCACAUUCUGGACGAAGUCAGCACGUGCUAUGAAUACGAUUCCGAGACCUACGUUUGGCCACGCUGCCGGGGGGUGAGCAAAAGCUUGUACAGUGUGCCGCACGGGCAUUUGAAGAUCUUCGAGCAGUUUCUGGAGAGCUAUUCUGGGAUCUGCAAUUUCAACUACAAGGUGCGUGAUGGUGAACUUCGCAUCUUUGAGCUGAAUACUCGCAUAGGAGGUGACCUGGCGGUGGAUGCACCCCGUGAGAGGGCACGUAGGCUGUUUGAGAAGCUGGAUGCACACUGGUGCAUCUCUUCAAACGACACAAUGCCAGAAAAGCAAUUUGCAUUCUGCCGCAGUACAGGUUUGCCACAGUGAAAUGCGUGCAAGAAAGAGUUGUGCACCAAUGUCAUGGACCGGCCCAAGGCCCAAGGCACUUGGUAAGUAGGAUUGAUAUUGC